AUGUCAAGUGAGAAAGAGAGUUUUCUUGUCUUAGUGCAUUGCUAUGAAAAAAUCAAAAGAAGAAAAAAAUAUAGUGUGAAGUUCACUGACAGAGAACCAUCGAGUGUAUUCAUUAGUUCAUCAAGCACUUUGUCAGAUGUCAAGAACAGCAUCUUGCAAAAGCUUGGGGUAUUUGGGAGCAAGUUGGUGAAGAAGAUAUUCUACAAGAUUUCUAUCGCAGUAGUCUCGACCGGUGUUAAGCAUGAUAUGUUUGUGCUAGCGGCUGAUGAAGAUAUUAGGGUUCUGUUUCAUUGCGUUAGGAGUUUUCCGGAGGUCAGAAUACAUGAGCUGUAUGCGAAGUUGGAGGUUGGCGUCGAUAGUUCUGGGGCAUCAGCUCCAGUUCAUAGCUCGACUGCCGCAGGCGGUGCGUCUAGUUCGAUGCCUGCGGCCCGGCCAUUUGUUCCGCAGGCAUUUGAGGGGGAUACAGGUCGUGGCAUAGUUCAUGAAGUUGAAGGCUUCGGGGAACCUAAUCGAGUAGAGAAUGCAAUGCAGGACGAUGACUCUGACCAGGAGCCUGUAGAUAUCAUUAGGGACAGCGAUGAUGAUACAGGUGCGGACGAAUGUGCUACAAUUAGGGGUUCAUCUACAGAAUUUCAGAUUGGGCAAUCGUUCCAGAAUAAAGAUGAAGCUGUUCUGAGUGUGAAGGACUAUAGCAUCCGUCGAGGUGUUGAGUACCGAGUGUUGGAAUUGGAUCAUCUGAAGUAUCAUGAAAAAUGCAAGGAGUUCGGGAAGGGUUGUAGUUGGUUGAUUCGAAUAUCGCUCCGUGCAAGAAAGGGCACUUGGGAGGUUAAGAGGUACAACGGUCCCCACACUUGCUUGGCCACCUUUAUUUCCAGUGAUCACCGUCAGCUUGAUUACCACGUUAUCUGUGCGAGAAUUUUUCCAUUGGUUAGGGCGGAUGCUGCAGUUACGAUAAAGGUGUUGCAACAAGCAACAGAAGCUGAUUAUGGAUUCAAGCCUAGUUACCGGAAGGUUUGGAUGACAAAACAGAAGGCAGUUGCACAAAUAUAUGGAGACUGGGAAGAGUCAUAUGCCGAGUUGCCACGUUGGAUGCUAGGGGUACAGUUGACCAUGCCCGGGACAGUUACUGUGUUGAAGACCUCUCCUGUUCGAGUUGGGGAUCAGCUUGAUGAGUCUACAGUGCACUUUCAUCGUCUCUUCUGGACAUUUCCACCUUGCGUCGAGGCCUUCCAACAUUGCAAGCCGCUUGUGAGUAUUGACGGUACCCACUUGUAUGGCAAGUAUGGAUGCACCUUACUGUUGGCGAUUGCGCAGGAUGAGAACUCGAACAUCCUCCCAAUAGCAUUCGCGCUUGUGGAGGGUGAAAAUGCGAGUCAUGGUCAUUCUUCUUGUCCAACCUACGAACGCAUGUGA